GUCUCUUUUUCAGCAUAACAGGAAAACACUCUUCCUGGGCUACAUAUCAUCGAUCGUGUCAAAAUGUUGAGAGCUAUCACCAUGGUUUUAAUGCUGCUGCUGCUAUCUGACGUCUGUAAAUUAGACAGCCUUAAAGCAGACCUCCAGCAAGGUGUGAUUAUAAACAAAGUACAAAUGAAAUUCGCCCCCGAGACAUCAGCUGAAGUGGGAAGCCGUAUCACCCUGACUUGUUCCGUGAAUAUCGUGGGUGCCUCUUCCCUAACGAGUCAGAUUUUGUACCUCUUUUACAAAGGGUCAGACAGUGACGUCCUGCUGAAUAGCACAGUGUCUUCACAGCAAAGGUCCCAGGUGACCAUCGAGUCUGCUCGAGCAUCACACACUGGAUACUACUCUUGUGUCGUGAAAGUGGGAAAUGAAGCAGCCAAGAGUGAAGUCUUAUACCUAGACGUUGCAGGAAAAUUACAAACGCCUCGAAUUACCAUACACCCAUUGAAGGUGAUAAUGGGAAAUCAAAUUGAGCUGCGCUGUGAAGCCGUUGAAGAAAUUCCUCCUCUUGAAUUUAUAUUCUACAAAUAUAAAAAUGGACAACCUUCCCCCGUGGGCGAUGAAACUGUAACCAGUAGAAAUUCUGUAACCCACACACUUAAAGUAACAGAAGCAACAGAUCAAGCCUACAGCUGUAAAAUCCAAGGGAGAAGCUUGGAGACUUCCUCAAACUGCAGUGAAAUAGUCGGCAUAACUGUGCAAGAUCCAUUUUCAAGUCAUGCAUUCACAAUUGAACCGAAAAAUGGGAUUCACGAAGGGGAUAAUCUGACCAUCACUUGCACAGUCAGGAUGUCAUCAUUAAUGACAUCGCAGAUGAAACCUCAACUAAUGAUCUUGAAGGGUGUAACUCCAAUGAAGAGAAAUGAAAGUCUUGAAAUAAAAUAUUCUAAAGUGGCAAGCUCAAAGGAUACAGGCAGUUACUCCUGUAUCGCGAUGUGGAAUCAGACAUCGAAAUCUAUUCAAAAGCAGGUGAUUGUGGCAGUACCAGUUUCCAAACCAAGUCUAAAUUCAACAGCCUUUAAUAGUAUUGUGACUCAAGGUGAUCGUUUGCAUCUCACAUGUGCUGUGGUGACGGGAUCUUGGCCAAUAAUUUACACAUUUUACAAAGGAACACCAGAAAACUCUUUGCAUCGGUCAAUUUUAAAUGCUACUGCCGGAGUCUAUACUAUUCCAUCGGCUGACACUGCAGACAGUGGAGAGUAUUUCUGUAAAGCAGAAAACAAAGCAGGUGUAAAACAUCGAAGUGAAAGAAGUCAGAACAUUAAUAUAAAUGUAAAAGUUCCAGUCUCAGAGCCAAAAGUAAAUCUCCUCACUUCAAGAACCACGUACGAAAUAGGAAAACGCAUAUCCAUUCGAUGCCACUCAACAAAUGGGAGCUCUCCUGUGACUUACUCGUUAUUCUUAAACCAAAGAUUCAUCCACUCUGUCAAGAACUGUACUACAGAGCCUGUGGUUUUUAAUAUUCUCAUAAAUAAUACCAAAGAUGGCGGCGUGUACAAGUGCAAAGCUGAAAAUGAAAUUCUAAACUCAUCCAAAUACAGUGAAGGAAUCAACUUUACCGUAAUGGUUCCCGUUUCGACACCACUACUCUUUCCUCUGUUGAACUCCACCAAGGCGCACCUAGGUGAAAACGUGACACUGCACUGCACUGCAAGCACAGGAACUCUUCCCAUCACUUACACACUGUAUCGGAACCACUCACGCCUUACAGCAAUCUCUGCAACAAAACCAGGGUCAGCAGUAUUUCACGUGACGAUAAAGACAACUGAGCAUUCUGGGUACACGUGCAAAGCAGAAAAUCUAAUUUCUUCACAAUGCAGUAACACAAUAGAGUUUUUUAUUUUAAUUCCCGUUUCGACACCACUACUCUUUCCUCUGUUGAACUCCACCAAGGCGCACCUAGGUGAAAACGUGACACUGCACUGCACUGCAAGCACAGGAACUCUUCCCAUCACUUACACACUGUAUCGGAACCACUCACGCCUUACAGCAAUCUCUGCAACAAAACCAGGGUCAGCAGUAUUUCACGUGACGAUAAAGACAACUGAACAUUCUGGGUACACGUGCAAAGCAGAAAAUCUAAUUUCUUCACAAUGCAGUAACACAAUAGUGUUUUUUAUUUUAAGUACCAAAUCCAUGUGGUUGGCAUAUUAUCUACUACCUACAAUUUUAUUUGUACCUACAUAG